AUGCCAAGAAGGAACGGGCCACCGCCUCCACCACCUCGUGGUGGAGUGAAGCGAAGAAAGCAAAAUGGCAAUUCCAGCAUGGUAACAUCUACAACAGGCGAUAAACAUGAUAAAGCAAGAAACACAGAGCAUAGGAGAGGCAUUCCACCACCACCACCGGGCAUAUCACACCAAAUGCAGUCGGCACCGCCUCCUCCUCCGGGUAUGGGCAGGGCUGCACCUCCGCCGGGCCGAAUUCAGGGCAAAACACCACCGCCUCCACCACCGCCAGGAUUCAAACAUCGGGGAAAAGCAGCAUCUUCAAACAGAAGCAAGGUACUGGACGAACGCAGGAAAAGGUGGAUGUCGAUGCAAAAACAGCGGUUCGGGGCAAAGGACAAGAUGACGAGGGCGACAUUUGUGCACAAGGCGCGGAUUGAAAUGCCCCCAGAGGUUUUAAGAAAGAUAAUGAACGACCAGGGAGACCUAUCGACUCGAAAGUUCGACUAUGAGAAAAGAUCGAUCCUGGGUGCCCUCCGAUACAUGCCACACGCAAUAUUCAAGCUCUUGGAGAACAUGCCGCAGCCGUGGGAGGCGUACCGGGAGGUGAAAGUGGCGUAUCACGUGACAGGUGCGAUUACGUUUGUUAAUGAGACUCCCCGGGUGAUUGAGCCGGUGUAUUAUGCACAGUGGGCGACGGCCUGGCUCCAGAUGCGGCGGGAGAAGCGGGACCGGCGGCAUUUCCAGCGGAUGAGGCUUCCCGCGUUCGACGAUGAGGAGCCUUUUGUGGAUUUCAGCAGCUACAUUGAGGAUUUGGAGCCCCCGGAGCCGGUCCGGAUGGAUUUGGAUUCGGAGGAGGACGGGGCGGUGUACGGGUGGCUCUACGAGGCGCGGCCGCUUGCAGACAACCUUGCACACGUUAAUGGGAGCUCGUACCGGCGGUGGAGGUUGGACUUGCAGCAGAUUGCGAGCCUAUACCGGCUUUCGAGUCCGCUUCUUGCCGAGUCGAUCGACCCGAACAGUCGGUACUUGCUCGACGGUGAGGCGUUGGCGACGGCCAAGGCGUUGAACAUCAAAUUGCCGGGCGGCCCCGGGUUCGAACCGCUGCCGCGGAGAAGCAAGCCCGAGGAUGACGAUUUUAGCGAGUUCAACUCUCUCGACCGCAUAAUCUACCGGGGCAAGUUGCGGUCCGAGUACCGGGUGGCCUUCCCGUAUCUCUACAACUCGAACGUGGAUGGUGUGCGGUGCUCCGUGUACUGCCAUCCGGCCUGGCUGUAUGUUCACCGGGAGGACCCCGAAGGUGCCGUUUUCUGCUUUGACGCGUCCUUGUCGCCAAUUGGUGCCUGCAAGAUAGGCGAGACGGACGCGACCGGGUGCACGGAGGCAGAUCUGGACAAGUUGCCAGCCGUGCAGCCGUUACUUGGUGAUUUACCAGUGGCCCCGGCAGAUUCUGCGGACGCAUUGGACGUUUUUGCCGCGUGCAGCCCGUUUAACCGGCGUAGUGGCCACACCAGGCGGGCGGAGGACGUGGCCCUGGUGAAGCCGUGGUAUCGGGAGCGGCUGGGCAGGUCUGCUGCGGUCAAAACGCGGAUCUCGCAGCAGAGACUCGUGGGGAAAGACGUGUUGAACAAAUUGCACGCGAAACCACCAAGUGGGCAGGGCCACGCGGGAUUGGUGAAGGCCCUGCGUGCGUCGAAGUACUUCGAGGAGACGUCGAUCGACUGGGUGGAGGCGGGGAUCCAGGUGUGCCGGCAGGGCCACACGAUGCUCAACCUCUUGAUUCAUAGGCGCGGGUUGACGUACUUGCACUUGGACUACAACUUCAACUUGAAGCCGGUGAAAACUCUCACGACCAAGGAGCGGAAGCGGUCGCGGUUCGGGCACGCGUUCCACUUGAUGCGGGAGCUUUUGCGGGCAACGAAGUUGAUGGUUGAUGCCCACAUCCAGUACCGGGUGGGCAACAUCGAUGCUUUCCAGCUUGCGGACGGCCUAUACUACGCAAUGAACCACUUCGGGCAGCUCACGGGCAUCUACCGGUACAAGUACAAGGUGAUGCACCAGAUCCGGGCAUGCAAGGACUUGAAGCAUGUCGUUUACCACCGGUUCAAUGCAGUGGUGGGCAAGGGCCCCGGUUGCGGGUUCUGGCAGCCUGCCUGGAGGGUGUGGCUGUUUUUCCUGCGUGGCAUCAUCCCGCUUCUCGAGCGGUGGCUUUCGAAUCUCCUCUCGCGGCAGUUCGAGGGGAGGCAGGCCAAGCAGGUGGCCAAAACCGUCACAAAACAGCGUGUGGACUCGUACUACGACUUGGAGCUCCGGGCCUCCGUUUUGCACGAUAUCCUCGACAUGAUCCCGGCGGGCGUCCGGCAGAACAAGUCGAAGUCGAUUCUCCAGCAUCUCAGCGAGGCCUGGCGGUGCUGGAAGGCCAAUAUCCCCUGGAAUGUGCCCGGGAUGCCGAAACCCAUCGAGCAGAUCAUCCAGAAGUACGUCAAGGCGAAGGCUGACGGGUGGAUCUCGGUGGCACACUACAACCGGGAGAGAAUCAGGCGGGGGAGGACGAUGGACAAGGCUGUGCAGAAGAAGAACCUAGGGCGGCUUACGCGGAUCUGGGUGAAGAACGAGCAACAGCGGCAGGUGGAUUACCAGCGGAACGGCCCGCACGUGCGUCCGGCGGAGGCUGUGGGUGUGUACAAGUUGAUGAUCCGGUGGUUGGAGAACCGGCGGUUCGUUCCGAUCCCGUUCCCGCCGGUAAACUACAGGCACGACACGAAGAUCCUCGUUUUGGCGUUGGAGAACUUGAAGAACGCGUACGUGUCGAAGACGCGGUUGAACUCGGCCGAGAGGGAGGAGCUGGCCUUGAUUGAGCAGGCCUACGACAACCCGCACGAAUUUCUUGCAAACAUCAAGCGGACGAUUCUCACGCAGCGGAACUUCAAGCCGGUGUCCGUGGAGAUGAUGGACCACUACAGUCACGUGACGCCCGUCUACCACGUGGAGCCGCUCGAGAAGAUCGUCGACGCGUACAUCGACCAGUACCUGUGGUAUGAGGCGGGGAAAAGGGGCCUGUUCCCGAACUGGGUGAAGCCUGCGGACGCGGAAGUUCCGCCCUUGCUCGCGUACAAGUGGUGCCAGGGUGUCAACAACGUGGACAGCGUGUGGGACACGUCGCGCGGGCAGUGCAACGUGAUGCUGCACACGAGUCUUGGCCGGCUGGCCGAGAAAGUCGACUUGACGCUUUUGAACCAGCUCUUACGCUUGGUUGUUGACUCGAACAUCGCCGACUACAUGACUGCCAAGAACAACGUGGAGCUCACCUACAAGGACAUGAGCCACGUGAACCAGUACGGGCUAAUCCGCGGGCUCCAGUUCUCGUCCUUCCUUCUGCAGUACUACGGCCUGUCUGUGGACCUGCUCCUGCUUGGAUUCGAACGCGCGUCGGACCUGGCGGGCCCGGCAGUGCAGCCGAACGAGUUCUUGGAGUUUGCAAGUGUCGAAACGCAGACCCGGUCGCCCGUCAGGCUGUACAUGCGGUACAUCGACCAGGUGUACAUGUUUUUGCGGCUGUCGGAGGAGCAGGCGUUCGACAUGAUCCAGGACUACCUCUCGGCGAACCCCGACCCGAACUUCGCGUCGAUCGUCGGGUACAACAACCGGCGGUGCUGGCCACGUGACCAGAGGAUGAGACUCAUGCGGCACGACGUGCACUUGGGCCGGGCUGUGUUCUGGGAGUUCCAGGGCCGUGUUCCGGACACGUUUGCGGACAUCAAGUGGGAAGAAACCAUGGCAUCCGUGUACUCGAAGGAGAACAGCAACGUGCUUUUCACUAUGUGCGGGUUUGACAUCCGCAUCCAGCCCCGGGUUCGAACCCGGGAGUCGCUCUCCAAGUCCUCCGCCGAGUCCUCCGCCGAGUCCACAUGGGACCUUCUUGAUGAGCAGACUAAAGAGUGCACUGCCAAGGCCUACCUUCAGGUUUCCGAGGAGGCCGUGCGCGAGUUCGACUACACGAUUCGGCGGCUUUUGGUGUCGUCCGGGUCGGUUGCGUUCACCAAAGUGGCCUCCAGGUGGAACACAGCCUUGCUGUCGCUCUUCGUGUACUACAGAGAGGCGAUCGUCUCGACGACCAGCUUGCUGUCGUUGAUUGUGAGGUGCGAGGACAAGAUCCAGACCCGGGUCAAGCUCGGGUUGAAUUCCAAGAUGCCGUCGCGUUUCCCGCCGGCUGUUUUCUACACUCCAAAGGAGCUAGGUGGGUUGGGCAUGCUCAGUGCGUCGCACGUGCUCAUUCCGGCAUCGGAUCUCCGCUGGUCCCGGCAGACCGACACGGGGAUCACGCAUUUCCGGUCCGGAAUGACCCACGACGACGAUCGGCUCAUCCCGACCAUCUACCGGUACAUCACGACCUGGGAGAACGAGUUCUUGGACUCGCAGCGCGUGUGGACCGAGUUCGCCAUGAAGAGGGAGCAGGCCGAGAAAACUAGAAGAAGACUCACGUUCGAGGACUUGGAGGACUCCUGGGACCGCGGGUUGCCCCGGAUCAGCACGCUUUUCCAGAAGGACUGGCAGACUUUGGCCGUGGACCGCGGUUACCGGGUCAGGAAGGUGUUCAAGUCGUUCCAGGAGCCGUACGCGAACUCUUUCUGGUGGUUGUCCGACCGCCACGACGGCCACCUGUGGAAUUUGAACUCGUACCGCACGGACGUCAUCCAGGCUCUUGGAGGUGUCGAGACCAUCUUGGAGCACACGCUUUUCAAAGGUACCGGGUUCACAUCCUGGGAGGGGCUUUUCUGGGAGAAGGCCUCUGGAUUCGAGGACACCAUGAAGUUCAAGAAGCUCACGAAUGCCCAGCGGUCCGGUCUCUCGCAGAUCCCAAACAGGAGGUUCACCUUGUGGUGGUCACCAACCAUCAACCGGGCCAACGUUUACGUUGGAUUCCUCGUGCAGUUGGACCUCACGGGUGUCUUCUUGCACGGCAAGAUCCCCACUUUGAAGAUCUCGUUCAUCCAGAUCUUCCGGGCCCACCUCUGGCAGAAAAUCCACGAGUCCGUCGUUGUAGACUUGUGCCAGGUGUUCGACGAUUCCUUGGACGACUUGCAGUUGGACAGCGUCGAGAAGUUGACCAUCCACCCGCGUAAAUCCUACAAGAUGAACGCCUCUACUGCUGACAUCCUGCUCACUGCCUCCUCCAAGUGGUCCUGCUCCAUUCCCUCGCUUAUGUUCGACACCAACGACUCGACGGAGGCCACCAAAUCGGACAAGUACUGGCUGGAUGUCCAGCUCCGUUACGGAGACUACGACUCCCACGAUAUCUCCCGAUAUGCCCGGGCGAAGUUCCUCGACUACACCACAGAUAACGUCAGCAUCUACCCAAGCACCACGGGCUGCUUGGUGGCCAUCGACUUGGCCUACAACAUGUAUGAUGCGUACGGUAACUGGUUCCCGGGAAUGAAGGACCUCAUGCGGAAGGCCAUGGAGACAAUCAUGAAGGCCAACCCGGCGUUGUAUGUGUUGCGUGAGCGGAUCCGCAAGGGGCUCCAACUCUACCAGGCACAGCCCCAGGAGGCCUUUCUCAGCUCAAGCAACUACUCGGAGUUGUUCAACAGCGAUGGAAAGCUCAUCGUUGACGAUAGCAACGUCUACCGGGUGAUUUCUCACUCGACGUUCGAGGGGAACACAGCCGUCAAGGUGCUCAACGGUGCGCUUUUCAUGCUCAACCCCAAGACGGGGCAGCUAUUUUUGAAGAUUAUCCACAGCUCUGUGUUCCAGGGCCAGAGCAGAAGAGCACAGUUGGCCAAAUGGAAGGCUGCCGAGGAGGUUGCCGCCCUAGUUCGGUCUCUACCAAGGGAAGAGCAACCCAAGCAGGUGAUAAUCACCCGGAAGGGUAUCCUAGAUCCCUUGGAAGUGCACUUGCUCGACUUCCCAAGCAUCUCGAUUCGGCCCACCGAGUUGCACAUGCCGUUCAACGCCGCCCUCAAGAUCGACAAGCUCAAUGACAUCGUCAACACCGCAAAGGAGCCCAAGAUGACUCUCUUCAACGUCUACGACGACUGGUUGGACUCCUGCUCGUCGUUCACCGCCUUCAACCGGCUCAUUCUCUUGAUGAGGGGCCUGCAGGUGAAUGCCGACAAGACGAAGUUGAUUUUGCGUCCAGACGAGUCUGUUAGGACCAAGGAGCACCACUUGUGGCCUACGCUUAGCGAUGAGCAGUGGAAAGAUGUCGAGUCUCAGCUUGCAGACCUCAUCUUGGGUGAUUACUCGCGCAAGUACUCGGUGAACAUCAACUCUUUGACCGACAACGAGAUCAGAGACAUCAUUCUCGGCCAGGAUGUGCGUGCAUUGUCCGUUCGGAGGAGGAAGAUCGCCGAGAUCGAGAAGCAGAACCAUGCCGAGGACCAGCCAACUUCAGCAGUGAAAACUUUGACCACCACUACCGGCGGAGAUCAAAUAGUGACCGUGACUACGACAAACGCCGAGCAGGAGCAGUUUUCCUCCAAGUCCAACUGGCGGGCACGCGCCUUACAGGUGGGAAGCCUCCACAAGCGUGCCCAGAAGGUGUAUAUAGAGAGUGGAGACUUGGCAGACAGCGACUGCUACGCUUACGUUGUUCCUAAAAACGUUCUUUCUAAGUUUGUCGAACGCAGCGAUACGAGGACCCAGAUUGCCGGAUAUCUUUACGGUAAGUCUCCCGAGGACAACGACAAGGUGAAGGAGGUCAGGUGCAUUGUGAUGGUUCCACAGGUGGGCGAGAUUCACAGGGUGGAGUUGCCUCUACAGCAUGUACACUCCAAACUGCUCGAUGGGUUGCAACCUCUAGGAUGGAUACACACAAUUCCUUCAGGCAAGGACACCGAAGUCGAUGGCUCGGCCGAGCUGCUAAGCCACGCCAGGCUGUGCUCACAGUUUGACUGGGAUAAGAACAGUGCUGCCAUCUCCAUCUCCUACACUCCCGGCUCCAUUACUCUUACUGCUAAUAAUGCUACGGAUAGAGGUGCAGAGUGGGCAUCUAAAAACGUUGCAAAUCUCGCCAACAGCAUCGCUGCCGAGGACUACCACCCGGCCUACAGGAAGAAGGCGCCGCUUGUUUUGACUGAUCGCUUCAAGGGCUUCUUCUUGGUCCCGGAAAUGGACAUUUGGAACUACUCGUUUAUUUCCAAUGCUUGGAACGAGGAUAUCGAGUUUGGCCUCAAGUUGGACGACCCGCUUCCGUUCUACCACGAGCUGCACCGCCCUGUCCAUUUCGAUGCAUUUAAUACGAUAGAGGGCGACGGCGAUCUAGAAGCUGAGCAGGAGGAUGUGUUUAAAUGA